AAUCUUAGCAGAAUUCGGUCCCUAGUGAGCGAAGAACGGCAUUAAUUCAGCGCUACAGCGGUCUUACAUCAAAUCUUAGCAUCAUAGUUAUCGAAAUGACAGUUGCAGACCGUUUAUUUUUAAUGAAUCAUUAAAUAAUAUUAAUAUUCUUGUUAUGCGAUAAUAAUGAUCGAAAUUUCAAACAUGUUAUGUGAUAGACUUUUUAAAGAUAGCAGUUCUACUAAUAAAUUUCAUGAGGGCAUUUAUAAGAUCUAUUAUAAAUUACUUACUGAAGAAGGACAUAAAGAUGUCAAAAUUUGCAUUGACCAUACAACUUGCACAACAAUGAAAUUAUCAGUAAUUGAUGACCGUGAUCCACGAUUCAUGUUUUCGUUGGAUUUGAAUAGAGAAGAUUAUUCUAUUCUUCAAACACAGCAAAGCAUUUUAGUACCGUUUGAAUCGUUUCCUAAACAAGUAGUAAGAUUACUUGAAGAAUGUGCUCGAGGAGAUAUGUUAUUACAGUUAUUACAAACAGGGCAGUUAGAAUGGUGCCUACAAUUUGUAGUGAGAAAUGAGUUCAAAAGUUUAAUACAUUUACAAUUGCUAAUAGGACGUGCCUCAGACAGUGAUUUAAUUAAUUUCAUGUCGAACAAAAUAAAUCAAUUGACUCAUGAUUUGAAUAAGGCGCAUCAAAGCCUACUAACGAAAGAAGACAAUUAUAGAAGGAUAUUAGAUCAGCGUGAUUUGGAUUUACAAAAUUUAAGAAAAUGUGUGGAGUCUACAAAAAUGGAUUUGAAAAAGGCGGAAAGUGAACAUAAAAAAGAAUUAGCAGCUUCACUAGAACAUGUUUCUAAGGAAAGAGAUAAAUGGCAAAGAGAACAAGAUAAUAGAUAUGAAUUGAAAAUAAAUGACCUUCAAUCUGAAAUACAAAGAAAAAAAUCUGAUUUUGAUAUGCUUAAAUCAGAAUUAAAUUCAAAGUCUGAUAAAAUUUUUAGUUUAGAAAUUACUAUAAGGGAUCUCAAUAAUAGGGUCAAGAGUUUAGAACAAGAAUUAAAUUCUUCAAGAUUGCAACAAAGCUCUUUACAAAAUGAUUUAUCAAGAUUUCAGAGAGAAUUAAGUGAAAAGGAAUCCCAAAUUCAAAAUCAUAAAACUCGAAUAGUGGGUUUAGAAAGAACACUUGUUAUUAAAGAUGAACAACUAAGCAAAGCAAAUACUUCACUCACCUCGUGUCAGCAAAAUAUUGCUGAAGCAGAAAGCAAAGUAACCGAUUGCAUGGUAAAACUUAAUAAUAAACGUGAAGCUUUGCAUCAAACAAGUCAAGACUUAUCCAAAGCUAAUGAGAUAAUAACAAAACAAAAUGAACAAAUUGUGGCACUUAAAGAAAAAGUAAAAUUUAGAACUGCAGUUGCAUUUGAACAAGAAAAAGUAAUUGAUCAAUUGCAAAGUCAUAAUGAUAAGUUACAAGCAGAAAAUAAAGAUAUGUCCAUGCGUUUAAAAGAAAUUUCAAAUAAAAAUACAGAAUAUUCUAAGGAACUUGAUGAUCUAAAAAUAAAGUUAUUAGAUAAAGAGAAAACUAUUGAAUAUAAUAAUACUAUGAUUAAUUGGAUGCAGAAACGUAUAAAUGAUACUAGUGAUAGCACAAUUCCUAAUAUGACAGCAAGAUUUGGAAAUACAGCUCUUAAAAAUAAUCCAAGCACUUCUUUCAAACCUUGUACACUCUUCCCUUUAAGGUCGACUGUGAUACAAGGAGAAAGAGAAAAUGGGUCAACAAGUAGAAACAUUGGUGAAUUGAGCCCGGACCUUCUUCUUCCUGAUGAUAUAAAUGAAAAAGUAAAGCCCAGUAAUGUUACUGAACCUAAACCUAUGACCCUACAGAGCCGACUUAAUACAGAUAGAAGUGCCAAAACUGUUACUACCAUUACUACUAAUACUAACAGAACCAAAGCAAGCAAGACACAGAGGAAAACAUCAGGAAAACCAUUUUCUACUCCCUCGAAUUAUUUUAAUGAUGUUACAUAGUUCGUAUAUAUUAUUUUAUAAUUUGUAAAUAUCUCAAAUGUAUGCAAUUGUUUUCAAAUAUAUUUUUAACAUGAUUAUUU